UUGUAUUUUCUAUCUAAAUCAUAUUUCAAACUUGGUGAAAAAGCUUAAAUUUGGCUAAUUUUGACAAAUUAAUAAACUUAGAAAAAUUUCGUGUUCCAAUUCCGGCUUGGUCCCCUCAGCGUCGUUGCUAUCUAGGCUCAGGUGAUAAUAUAAGCAUUUUAUAAUAGUUACACUUAGAAUGCAUAGCCAAGGGGGAAAAGCUAACUAUUCGUUUUUCGAAGAUAAAUUAAAUUUUGGACAACACCUGCAUAAUGAACAAUUUCAAAUAGUGGAAAAAGAAACAUGCACACAACCAAGGCGUUUGGCUUGCGUAUCUCUAUCACAACGGGUAUCGCAUGAAAUGCUGGAUGAUUAUGGAACCAAAGUAGGUUUCCACAUUCGUUUCGAAAAUAAUAAAACUCCAUACACUAACAUUGUAUUUACAACCGAGGGUCUUCUAUUGAGACAAUUAGCUGCAGAAUCAAAUUUACAUCUAUAUGACGUAAUAAUGCUUGACGAAAUACAUGAACGAAAUCUUUAUGGUGAUAUUUUACUUGGUGUGAUCAAAUGUAUACUUUGUACUAAAUUAAAUAUAAAAUUAAUAUUGAUGUCAGCCACAAUCAAUAUAUCACUAUUUCAAAGUUAUUUUAAAAAAGAAGAUAUUAAACUAAUUAAAAUACCAGGCCGACUUUAUCCCAUCAAAACCAUUUAUAUUACGCCGCCUUAUAUAGAAUCUAAAGCCGUUAAACAAAAAAUCGUUACACAAAUGGAUCCGAAACCAUUUAUACAAGUUCUUAGUUUAAUAGACCAAAAAUAUCCUAGUAAGUUACAAAUAAAUAUUUACAUUCAAGCUUCUGAACGUGGCGAUGUAUUGAUAUUUGUAAGUGGUAUAAAUGAUAUAACAACAAUAUCUGAAGCUGCAAAGGAAUACGCAGAACGGAAUUCUCAUUGGAUUAUACUUCCUUUACAUAGUGGUUUAGCCUUAGCUGAUCAAAAUAAGGUUUUCGAAUAUGCACCCGAAGGCUUUCGAAAAUGCAUUGUUUCAACGAAUAUUGCCGAAACUUCACUUACUGUAGAUAGUAUACGCUUUGUUAUAGACUCUGGAAAAGUUAAACAAAUGAGUUACGAUGCCUCUUGCAAAGGUCAACGUCUUAAAGAGUUUUGGGUUUCAAAAUCUUCUGCAGAACAACGUAAAGGUCGUGCUGGUCGCACCGGCCCUGGGACUUGCUUUCGUCUAUAUACUGAGAAACAGUUUAAUUUGUUUGAUGAUUAUCUGGUUCCAGAAAUUUUUAGAGUACCCCUUGAUACUAUUGUACUCCAAAUGAUAGCAAUGGGAUUACCAAAUAUUCGUGCCUUUCCAUUUAUAGAGAAGCCAUCAGGCGAAAAAAUUGAACAAACAAUUAUGGCCCUAAAACAGCAU